UCUUUUCAUCUCUUGGAUCACUUCCACUCAAAAAUAUAAACAAGAUUUGGUGUAUUUCAAUGGCCGAAACAGCACAAUGACGGACUCAGACAGACCCCACCGGACCGGAAGUUCAAGCAGCGAGCUCUUCAUCUGCUUCACCUCUCGCCUUUCAUCGUCUUCGUCCUCCAUGAAACUCUCUUCAAAGUCAAUCUUAAGCCCGGCACGCUCACGAGACCUGCCUGUGACUCUCUCCAACUCUCUCAGUCGGAGACUCAGAAGCAAUGGAAGCAUGAAAGGAGGCCAAGCGUCGCCGAUGUUCCCCACCGGCGGCAAGAAACGAGGUGGUGCAUUCGAAAACCCAGAACCCUCGUCUCCCAAAGUGACCUGCAUUGGGCAGGUUCGAGUCAAGACCAAGAAACAAGGGAAGAAGAUGCGAACCCUCUCGAGAAGGCGAAGCGGCGAGGUGAGUUUUCGGAAAUCGGAGCAGAGCCGUGAAGGGUUGAAUCAGAAUCAGACGCUGUAUAAUCAACCCAAUGUGAGUAGUCAGUUUCAUCAACAGAAUCAAGAGAGUUUGAAUCACAGAAAUCAGAGAUGGCUUCAUUUGCCAUUGACGAUUUGUGAAGCUCUGAGAGCAUUUGGGUCUGAGUUCAGCUGUCUGUUUCCGUGCCGGUCCUCGUGUUCGUCGACGAGCGAGAGGGAGAAGGAAGAGAAGGGUUCUGGAUCGAACGGCGGCGGUGGCGGUGGUCGGAGUUCUUGCGGAGCUGUGUUUGCGAGGUGGUUGGUGUCAUUACAUGAAGUUGGUGAAGGAGGAGGAAAAGGGAGGGAUAUAGAGUUGGUGGUGGGAGGAGGGGAAGAGGAGAUAACAGAGUUUAGUGAGAGAAACUCUAGGAGGUAUCAUGUGAUGGAUGAGAUUGAAAUCAGAGAUGAGAAAUGUGAAUCGAAUGGUGGUGGUAUUGUGGAGGAAGAUGAAGCGAGAGUUAGCAUUUGUGUUCCGCCCAAGAAUGCUCUGUUGUUGAUGAGAUGCAGAUCUGAUCCCAUGAGAAUUUCAGCUCUCUCUAAUCGUUUCUGGGAAUCACCUUUGCCCAAAGAUGAAGAAGAAGAAGAAGAAGAAGAAGAUGAUGAUAAAAACAAGGAUAUUAAUGGAGACGAAGAAGAACAAGUGAAUGUAGUUGAAGAAAGUGAAGUAAAAGAUAAGCUGAGAAUGGAAAUCAAAGAGGAUAUUGAAGUGUGUGAAAAGAGGGUUUCAGUUUCAGUUUCAGAUGAAGCUCAUAAAGAACCAGAAAACUUGCAAGAAACAGAGGCAGGGCUUGUAAUGGAGAUUACACAAGUAGCCGAAAAAGUAAAAGAAGAAAACCCAGAGAAUGCUAAUGAGGAAUUACAAGAACAAGUAGUUCAAGAGGUGAACCAGACAGCAGUAGAAGGAGAAAAUGAAGCAGUACCUGAUAGAACUUCCACUGAAGCUCUUCUAGAUCAAGAAACCCUAGAAAUUGAAGAAGCAAAGUUGUUGACUCUAGAAGAAGAAGAGAGAAGAGCGAGUCAGUCUACUUCAAUACUGUCAAUACAUUCAGAUUCAGAAGAUAAGGACGAAGCAGAGGUUGAGGUAUUGGUAGAAGAAGCAGAGAAGUUAACUAAAGAGACAGAGACCCAAGUGAGACUUUUGGGAGAGACACCGACCCAAGAGAGAUCUGAACCAGAGGAAGAUACCAAAGAAAACCUCGAAGACGACGAAGAAGAAACAGAAUCAAAAGAAGAGAGAGAAAGCCACGCAGAGGAAGUAGAGAGAGAAAGUGAUCAGGUGAAGGAAGAGAGAGAAAGCUCAGUGUUGCCGGACUGCUUGCUGCUGAUGAUGUGCGAGCCCAAGCUGUCAAUGGAGGUCUCCAAGGAGACGUGGGUCUGCAGUACGGACUUCAUCAGAUGGUUACCACCAGAAAGACAAGUCAAACCAAAAGACGGUGGUGAUGAGCCAAAGAAGAAGAGGGACAGCAUUGACUCCAAUCCUGCGCUUCCCACUCGCCCUGCGCGAGAACAGCCGCUCCAGCAGCCGCCGCGGUCGUCUUGCUCCUUUCCGUUGCCGGUCACCGGCGUGUCCAUGGGGACGGCGAUAGAGCAGAAGCUGGUUAGCGCCGUGGGGUACGAGCCGUUCGCGCUCAAACGUUGCAAGUCGGAGCCGAUGAGAACGGCGGCUAAGCUCGCACCAGAUGCCUGUUUCUGGAAGAACAGGAAGCUUGAGCCUCACCGUGGUGCCACAGUUGGGGUCGGCGCGGCUGGGGUCGGGUUCUGACCCGACCCGGUAAGAGGGUAUCAUAAUAUGUAGUCUCUAGUGUUGCACAGUGCUUAUACUGUUUUGGCUUGUUAAUAUAUUUUCAUUUUUACGAUUUA